AGGUUGAAUUGUCCCCGUUGAAAACUACAAGUGCUGUUGACAAAUGUGAGUGAAGACCUAGUAAAUAUGAGGGGUAGUACCGCUGGGUUACCCGACACUGUUAUACAGGGAUAUAACGCCUCGUACUACACAUUUUUAACAAUACUAGAUAAUUUAUUUGCGUUUUUUGUGUUAUGUCCCUGUGUAGUGGCCUACUGGAGGGGUGCUUGGGGAUUGAUGGACAUAUAUCUAGCUGAAUACUCUUUAUUGUAUAACGGAUUGAUAUCUGUAGGCAUAGGUUUAUUUGGACAUUGCGUUUUUAUGUGCUUCCAAAAAUUUUUCGAAGAAAAGUUCCAUCCAGAUAAAAACCGAAUAUUGUACUAUAUCGUGUCGAGACUGUAUACUGUAUGCUAUGCAUUUACCUGUGUUAACGGCUGGAGGGGUCCUUGGGGGUUCCUGUAUGUUCCCUACCAGACAGAUGUUAUGUCAAUUAGUGCUACCACGGGAGUAGGAAUUGUGGCUUUACUCGCUAUGAGAUCCUUGAGGAAUGUUACAGCACCUCCUUUUGUCAUUGUUAACGACAAUGUUAAGGGAUAUUUUGAAGUACCAACUUUGUUUAGAACGCCGAUGGAAGAAAGAAAAUCUUUGUUUGUGUUAGACUGUCUCUUCUCUAUAGCUGUAGUUGGGACUUUGGUAGUGUUUGUGUGGAGAGGCGUGUGGCUGCUGGUUGAUAUAUACCUCUUUCCAGGAGAUUUGGUGUUUUCUUAUUGGAGUAGUCUAGUUAUAGGAUAUUUAUGUGUUGCCUUGGCGUUCCUUCUUCAGCCUGCGAUGAGGUAUUUAUGUGAAAGACUGACUGGUGCUGCCAGAUUGUUACUUGCAGAUUUGUAUACUUUGUUCGCUCUCUUUGGUACCGUCAACGUGUGGAGAGGAAUCUGGAACUUGCUUAAUGUAUAUUUUCUACCAGAUAACCAAGAGUUAAGCUGCUGGAUAACCCAUUGGUUAAGCCUUAUCAUACUGAUUCUGCUCCGGUGUUCAAACUCACUGCUGGUGAGAGGAGUAUACAUAGACGCCGAAGAACCAGGAGGCGAAUGUGCCAUCUUCCCCUGUUACUACUUGAGAAUUAUUUUGAGGAAGGAAAAAUUAAAGAAACUGAACUUAAACGCGUUCACCUUAAAUGAUACUAUUAAGGUCAACCAAAAAGAAGGUGACGGACAAAAUAACCAUGUAAUAAACAUCAACACUAUUAGUAGUACUGUCGAAGGAAAUAAUGAUCUUAAAGUACCAACUUAAAAGCUUAAAAUGAGCCAACUUGUUCAUGCUUUGUUCUUCAACAGAGAUAGCGACGAAUAAAAAAGCAUACUUGUAUUUCCAAUUUUUCUUCGAUUUCCCAUAUUAAAAAAAAUUUGAGACUUUCUAAUUUUGCCUUUUUAAAAUUUUAAACUAAACCAGGGGUUCCCAAACUUUGCUGGUCAUUUUUUAGCACAACUUUUUACAUCCUAGUCUAAAUUUGUGAACAUUAUCGUUAUUUUAAUCAUUUUUAAAUAUUAUUAACCCUACGUUACACAUGAUAAUAUAAAUAACAUAUUUUUAAAACUUAUAUAACAAGCAACAGUUCUUAACAAAUCAGAGAUGUAAUAUAAAAAAAUUGUCAACAAGUUAAAUAUAAAUUUCAUAGUCCAUUGAUUUACCAGUGUAUGCUACCAACUCCCACUCCUGGGCAAAGUGACGAAUGAAUUGGCUUGCAGAAUCGAAGUUUACUGUAGGGAGUUUUCUCCGCGCUGAUAGAGAUUUUCGGCGCCAAUACCAUAUCAUAUGUGAAAAAUGUAUACAUAACCACUUGACAUUUCUGACGAAUUUAUUAAAAAUGUGGCUCCUAGUGCUUCUUAUCCUGAUAUUCUCUUCUUUGUCUUCAGCUUGUUUUCUUUAUCCAAGUAAGACUCUUAGAUUACAACUAUAUCAAUAUUGUUGAAUGAGAGGAUUUGUUAUAGCCGCUCUCAUUUUUAUCUGCAAAGUCAUUCUAUAUUUAACUCUCUAACCAGAAAAUUUUAAUUAGUACAUAUUAUUUUCAUGUAUAAUUUGCUUCUAGUUAAUCUUUUAUUAUAAUGACGAAUAUGAAGUUCCCAUAAAGAUUUCUUUAUUGACUGAUUCGUCGGUUAAAAAAAUUUAGACGUCCCAAAGAACGACAUAAUCGUUUACGUUUAAUUAAUCAAAAGAUAUUUCGUUCUUCUUCUUUAAGUUCCAUCCUCUAUCGACGGUUGAAAAUCAUCAUGGCUAUGCAGACCCUGUUGACUGCCGCUCUAAAUAGUUCAUUCAAACAUACCAGCAAAGUACAUUAUCUAUGACAAUAACCAUAGAAACAUUUUUUUGAGCUGCAGCAAUACAAAUGUAAGUCGCACUUUUAGUAAACACAUUGGGCUACCGAGUGCAAUAUAUACAUUUCUUUCCUCCUUCUGAUUUACCUAGUCAUAUUGAAAAAUGAUCGUAGUUGUCGUAUCUGACAUCGGCGACAGGAUGUUUAGCUUUCUGACCAACACUACUAGUAUCAGGAUGUCCGGACUGAAGAUGGUCAAUGAGCAGCACAUCUUUGUUUAUAAACUAUAACACCAUUAGCUUUCGGUUCGCAAAAAUUUAGGUAAUUGGUAUAAUGUAUCCCUUAAUUCAUUACUAUUAAGAGAUUUAUCAGCGUGGACUCAACAACAUAGAGUAUAUGCAUUUGUUGCGACCAUAUCUAUCAGAUGAUAAAAUGUCCGAAUCAUUGGAUUCCUAGUUUUGAGUCUGAUGUGAUAACGACACAUCAGUCUAUCCAUCAAGUCUACGCCACCCAUGUGACGUUUAUACUCUCGUAUUAUUUGUGGACAUUCUACUUCAAAGUGUUUUUUUUCUUUAUGAUCAUAUGGUAAUAUUUUAGCUGGUUAAGACUCUACUGGAUGGUUUCUAGCAAAUGGUUCAAUCCCAACGUUGAAGCUAACGUUUUUGUUAUCUUUCCAUAGUACCCCAUUCACAUCGAUACCGUACCACAUACUGUUUAAGACAAUCGUACAACUUCAUUAGCUGUAGCACUAAGAUUUGGUUUACAUGGUAAAAUGAUAUUGUGCACCAGUAUAUUUUGCAAAUUGGUGAGCGUUUCCAUGUGAAUCGCAUAAUACAAAGAGCUUUAUUCCCAUUUAUGUAGUUUAUUCGAAAAGUAUUGUCUCAAAUGAUGCUUGAUCUUGGUACUACACAUUUGCUCAUCUACGCACAAAAGAGCUGUUUUCGGAAUGAAAUUAAAUUUUUCAUUUAUUGUAUCAGCCAGUGUUCUGAUACCAAAAAGCUUGUCAUAUUCAGACUCACCUUUUCUAGCACGUCGACUAUAAUCUUUAAAACAUAAUUAUCUUUUGAUGAUUUCCAAUUUCCGUAGCUUUAUAGUGGAGUGGAUUGGUUGAAAUACGUUUUUUCCCAAUAACUUUCCAGGUUUGGAUACUUAUAGAUCGUCCGCCAAAUAUAGAUGUUUAACCAAAUGCCGAUAUAAUGAUACAUUUCCUUAAAAUUUGCUACGCAAUUUAAGUUGGCAAUAGAAGCAGCUCGAUUUGUUUCUUAAAAAUCAAAGUAAUAACUUCUUCAUUGAAAUAAUAAUUGAAAUACUGGUAAUCUGGCAUCUGGUAAUGACAGAUGUGUCACAUUGUCAGGCAAAUUGUUAUUGCCUUUAAAGGCUUUUUCAUUUAUAUAAAAUUUCAUGUUUUUUUCAAUUGUACAUUAAAAACCUCAGUUGAAUUCUUCUUUAUUGCAUCUAAACCUGG